GCAGCGCACUAUGCGGUUCAAGUGGGCGUCCCUGCUGCUGCUACUGCUGUGCGUGUCCUGCCUGUCCCUGGCCACUGACAGCCCGGCGGCGGCACCUGCCCAGGAUAAAACCAGGCAGCCUCGGACUGCUGCAACAGCCUCCCAGCCCGGCCAGCGGCAGUGGGAGGAGGCGCAGGAGCGGGGCCGUCCGCAGCCACUGGCCAGGCAGCGUAGGAGCAGCGGGCUGGUGCAGAAUAUAGACCAGCUCUACUCUGGCGGUGGCAAGGUGGGCUACCUUGUCUACGCGGGCGGCCGGAGGUUCCUGCUGGACCUGGAGAGGGAUGACACAGUGGGUGCUGCUGGUGGCAUCGUUACUGCAGGAGGGCCGAGCGCAUCCCCUAGCCACCGGGGUCGCUGCUUCUACAGGGGCACUGUGGACGGCAGCCCUCGAUCCCUCGCUGUGUUUGACCUCUGUGGGGGUCUCGACGGCUUCUUUGCAGUCAAGCACGCACGCUACACUCUGAAGCCGCUCCUGCGUGGGUCCUGGACAGAGGCAGAGGCUGGACGAGUUUACGGGGAUGGGUCUUCGCGCACCCUGCACGUCUACUCCCGGGAGGGCUUCAGCUUCGAGACUCUGCCACCACGCGCCAGUUGCGAGACGCCAGCGUCCCCAUCUGGACCCCAAGAUCGCCCCUCGGUGCACAGUAGUACUAGGCGACGCUCAGUGCUUGCCCCACAGCUCCAGGAGCAGUCAGCUUUCUCAGGAGUUGGGGACUCAGGAACUGAGACGUGGUGGAGGCGGAGGCGCCGGUCCAUCUCCAGGGCCCGCCAGGUGGAGCUCCUUUUGGUGGCUGACUCCUCCAUGGCGAGGAUGUAUGGUCGGGGCCUGCAGCAUUACCUGCUAACCCUGGCCUCCAUCGCCAACCGGCUGUACAGUCACGCUAGUAUCGAGAACCAUAUCCGCCUGGCCGUGGUGAAAGUAGUGGUGCUGGCCGAUAAGGACAAGAGUCUGGAGGUGAGCAAGAAUGCGGCAACGACCCUCAAGAACUUUUGCAAAUGGCAGCACCAACACAACCAGCUAGGCGAUGACCAUGAGGAGCAUUAUGAUGCAGCCAUCCUAUUCACCCGAGAGCCCUUUCCAAAGGACUCCUUUUCUAACGCGGCUUCCAAAUGGGCUUCUGACGUGUCCACCUUGGAAUCUGAGUUCCUGAGAAGGAAGGAAUGUAGGAGGGCCAGGAGGAUGAAGAAGCCCAAUCAGCG